CCGAGUGAAAACAAUCGAUACCGUAGAAUUUGUAUCGAACAUCUCAGGCGAAGAGCCCUCACUUUCAACGUUAUUACAUUACCGAUUUUCAAAAUCACAAGAGAAAUUCAGUGCUAAUCCCUCUGGGCUUCUUCCGAUGCCCAAACAUCGCGUUUCCCUCAAAUUUCUCCUCCCCCUCAACUCUAAACUCUGUGUUUCUGCUGCUUUCCAACUGAAAAAAAGCACAAAUUUUGAGGGUAUUUGAUGCAUGGGUUUGUACUUUUGACUAAAAUGGAUUCAAUGGCGUUUUUGAAGUUUGUUGGUUUCUUGAAUGUGGGUUUUGCCUGAUUUGGGCUGAGUUAGGGUUUUACUGCGGGUUGGUUUUGCUGAGAGUUUCGUGAACUCUCUACUUUUUUUCUUGGAGAACUCCUGAAAUUUUAGAAUCGUAGCCGUUGUGGAAUUUGGUCCGUUGACGGAUUUUGCGAUGAAGGCGUAGAAAUAUUUAUUUAAUUUGGUGCCAUUUCAAGAGCGUAGAGCUUUAAGCGACCGACUUUAUUUGAGAUCUGCGUGCUUUGGGCAUGGUUUAGAAGCAUCGGCAAUUUGCCUGAACAUGCAGCUUAACUUAGCGAGGACGAUAAUACAAGCAUCUGCUGUUAUGUAAAAGUCAAUUUGCAUUGCGUAUUUUGUAUUCGAGUCAUUUGAGUGAGGUUGAUAAUUAUAUGAGUUAUGGAUUGCAACAAAGAAGAAGCCAUUAGAGCAAGGGAUAUUGCUGAGAAGAAGAUGGAAAGCAAAGAUUUCACUGGGGCUCGUAAAUUCAUUCUCAGGGCUCAACAGCUAAAUCCUGAUGCGGAGAAUAUUUCACAAAUGCUUAUGGUCUGUGAUGUGCAUUGCGCAGCAGAGAAGAAACUGCUUGGGAAUGAGAUGGACUGGUACGGCAUCCUUCAGAUUGAGCAAACGGCAAAUGAGGCGACAAUCAGGAAGCAAUACCGGAAGUAUGCUCUUCUUCUCCAUCCGGACAAAAACAAAUUUAUUGGUGCAGAAGCUGCUUUCAAGUUGGUCGGUGAAGCUCAAAGAGUGUUGUUGGACCAAGAGAAACGCCGGUUGCAUGACAUGAGAUGCAAACCAGCAGUACCUUAUCGACCUCCACAAAGAGCUGGUUCGACUUUUAAUGUUGGGGUUCAAGCUAACUUCAGAGGCAACUUUACGGCCUUCACUCCUCAACAUCCACAGCCUCAACCCCAAGGACAUUCGGGUUUUGGUCAAAACCGUGCAACUUUUUGGACCGUCUGCCCAUUUUGUUCAGUGAGGUACCAGUACUAUAAAGAAGUCGUCAAUAGAUCGCUUUGCUGUCAGAAUUGCAAGAAGCCCUUUGUUGCAUAUGAUAUGGAACUGCAAGGGGCUCACCCUCAGCCUAUGUCUAACUUGCACCACACAACAUUUUUUCAGCAGCAGAAUUCCUUCAAUCACAGGGCUGAGAUGGGACACCCAGGAAACUCUCAGUCUGAGAAGCGUAGAAUGGAAUCUCUCCGGAGGACGCACAACACUUCAGGUGCUGCUUCAGAAAAGUUAUAUGGUAAGAAAAGAAGGAAGCAGACAUCUGAAUCCAGUGAGAGUUGUGAUACUGGAAGUAGCUCCGAUUUUGAAGAAAAUGUAGUUACUAAUGAAGAUAGCAAAAAGGAUGUUGGACGCCCUGGAGCGCACCAUCCACGGAGAUCUAGUCGACAGAGGCAUAAGAUUUCUUACAAUGAGAAUUUAAGUGACGACGACUCUGUGAUCACUCCAAAAAAAUCAAAGAGAAGCAAAUCGUCCGACAGCUCAGAUGAGGACAGUGAAGAAGUAUAUGUAGACGAGGCAUCUAAAAUCAAUAAUCAAUCUGGAUCUGCUGAUGUGGAUGAUGAUCAGAGGGAAACAAAUAAGCUAGGACAUAAUUGCUCUGAAGCGAGCUUAUCGCGUAGAAGCAAGGGUGGUAAGAAGGUGAGCCAUAAAGAAACAUUAGAUAACGAUUAUUCUCAGAGAAGCAUGGGGUCAGCUGGUGAUCCCGAGGUUAAUUUGUUCUCAUGUUCUGAUCCUGAUUUCAAUGAUUUUGAUAAACUACGGAACCGAGAGUGUUUCAAACUUGGGCAGAUCUGGGCUAUGUAUGAUAAUAUUGAUACUAUGCCUAGAUUCUAUGCUCGGGUCAAGAAAGUGUUUCCUUCUGGAUUCAAGGUUCAGAUCACCUGGCUAGAGCCAGAAGCUAAUGAUGAGUGCCAAAGCAAAUGUGUUGAUGAAAAAGUGCCAGUUUCUUGUGGUGAAUUUGUAUCUGGAGCAACUGAGACCAUGACAGAUUGUGGCUCGAUGUUUUCUCAUGCUGUUUCUUUGGUCAAAGGCGGCCGUAAAGAUAUUUUCAAAAUUUAUCCUAGGAAAGGGCAAAUUUGGGCUCUCUUCAAAAACUGGGAUAAGAAUUACAACCGUGAUUCCAAUUGCCAGUAUGAGUAUGAGUUUGCUGAGACAUUGUCAGAAUAUAGCAAAGAAUCUGGUAUAGAUGUUGCACUCCUAGCCAAGGUGAAAGGCUUUUCGUGUCUCUUUUGUCGAAUGGUCAAGGAAGGAGAAAAUUCGUUUAGAGUCCCUGCAGCUGAAUUAUUCAGGUUCUCCCACCAGGUUCCUUCGUUUCCACUCACAGGCGAUGAAAGAGAUGAUGUUCCGGAAGGUUCUUUUGAACUUGAUCCAGCCGCUCUUCCCCCCAAUGUUCCGGAGAUCGCCAUCCCCCAGCAUUUAAAGAAGGUGGCUGCCAAUGCUGGUCUUAACACAUUGAAGUCCACGGCGGGGCCUAAUGGAGAUGCAGGCACACACAAAGCCGAUGCUGAUACUAAAAGCGACGAUGGUGAUGUGGCUGAGGCUUAUGAGAUUCCAGACCCUGAAUUCCACAACUUCGAUGUUGAUAAAACUUCUGAGAAGUUUCGGGUUGGUCAGGUCUGGGCAUUGUACAGUGAUGAGGAUGCCUUACCGAAGUAUUAUGCUCAGAUCAAGAAAAUAACUCACAAACCGGAGUUCGAAUUGAGAUUGUUGUGGCUGGAGUCCUCUGAACUGCCAGACGAUACUAUUGAAUGGCACGAUAAAAGUAUGCCGAUUUCUUGUGGGAGAUUUAGAACUCAGAGGACUAAGAUGCACAGCUACUACUCCACCAAAUCCUUUUCUCAUCUGGUUAGAACUAUUCCUGUUCCUAAGAAUGGGUUCUACAUCUCUCCUUCAUUGGGUGAGGUUUGGGCAUUAUACAAGAACUGGACCCCUGAAAUCAGAUGUUCAGAUAUGGAUAAAUGUGAAUAUGUUAUAGUAGAAGUCAUUGAGGACGACGAUUUGCAAAAAGAAGUCUUGGUCUUGGACCGCGUCCAUGGUUUCAACUCGGUCUUCAAGGCUAAGACCAAAGGUGAUUCUUCAACCGUCACUAUGGUAAUUACCCGAGUCGAGCUUCUACGAUUUUCCCACCGGAUUCCCGCUUUUCGGCUGACAGAUGAGAGGGGCGGUAGCUUGAGAGGUUGCUUGGAGCUUGAUCCUGCCGCUUUACCGAUAUAUUUUUUUUAUUGACCCGAUCAGGCAGGACGAUAAAAACCAUAGGCAGCAAUGCCAUUGUAUACCUCUGUAUCUAAUAGCCUCAACGGAGCCUUUGUGCAAUGAACUGAACCGAAAUGAAGCGUUUUUUAAGAGAUGCCUUGGCAAACAACAGCUUGUUUAGAUGAGGAGUCUGUGCUGGUUUCGAUCCACACUGGCUUUGGGAGAAAGAGAAGUUUUCUCGCUCA